GCCGCAGGAUUCGAAUCGAACGUCUGUACCGGAGCCGGGCUCCGGCCGAGCGGCGCCGGCCAAUCAGCGGCGGCGGCUCGCGGCCCCCGAACGUUGGGACACCCGGCCCCGCCCCGCGCUGUUGUUUGUGGUGUCGGCCGGCGGCGCGAGCCGGACCACAACACUCGCCCGGCGGGCGGCGGGGCGGCCGAGGGUCCGGGGGCCGCCGGAGGCGGCGAGCGCGAGCCGAGGGCAGCCGGCCUCCCGCGGCCGCCAAGCCCGGGAGAGCGCGCCGGCCGGAGCCAUGUCGGUGAACAUGGAUGAGCUGCGGCACCAGGUCAUGAUCAACCAGUUCGUGCUGGCCGCGGGCUGCGCGGCCGACCAGGCGAAGCAGCUGCUGCAGGCGGCGCACUGGCAGUUCGAGACCGCCCUGAGCACGUUUUUCCAAGAAACCAACAUUCCCAACAGCCACCACCACCACCAGAUGAUGGGCACCCCCAGCAACACACCGGCCACGCCGCCCAACUUCCCCGACGCCCUGGCUAUGUUCUCCAAGCUCCGUGCCUCCGAGGGCCUGCAGAACGGCAGCAGCCCCAUGACCGCCGUGGCCUGCUCCCCUCCUGCCAACUUCAGCCCCUUCUGGGCCUCGUCCCCGCCCAGCCACCAGGCCGCCUGGAUCCCGCCCUCCUCCCCCACGGCCCACAGCUUCCACCACCUCCACCACCCACAGCCCACGUGGCCGCCUGGAGCCCAGCAGGCGGGCCCCCCGCAGAAAGCCAUGGCUGCGGUGGACGGCCAGAGAUGAGACUCGAUGCCGCCGGGCGCGGGGCUGCAGCCGGGGCCGUCGAGGCCGUCGGGGGAGCUGGGGCGGGCGGGGGUUUCCUGAAGAUCGCACUGGAAGAUUUUAUAAGAGAAUUUUUGUGGGUGGGGGGCAGUAAACGUCCUGAGCCACUUGGGUCCUUCAGGAGUUUCUCUUCAGGCAAGUUUUUUUUUUUUCUCUUUUUAAUAUAUAACGAUAAUAUAUAUGAAUAUAUAAAAAUAACUAAUGUAUGUGAGUAUGGGGCUGGCUGACAGGGUGUUGUCCGCGGGGAAGGGUCGGGAUCCUCCCCCCAGCCCCAGGGCAGGUGCUGGAAAGCCAGGGGGCCCGAACUUGGGGUCUGCUAGCUGCCUCCUCUCAGAGGUCACACCUUCUAGAAGCAGAAGGAUGAUCACCCCUCCACUCCAAUGAGGGGUUGCAGGAGGGGCUCCCAGAGGUGCCGGUGGCCGCAGGUGGGGGGCUCUUGGCCAUUGAGAGGCUCUCCCCACCCCGCUGGUGGCUGGCUCCUCUGUCACUCUCCAGUUCUUGUCACCUCUCCUGGUGUCGCCCGUCUCCAGCUAGGGGUGCAGGGCUUGUGUGGGACUCAAGAGCCGGCUCGGCCAAAGGCCCAGGCUCUGCUGGCGGGGGCCUGACCCCGCAGCCACCCUGCCUCUCUUCCUCUGUGUCUGCGGCGAUGGUGGAGAGCUUUCCUUUGGGUUUUGGUCCCCAGUCAAUCAUCUCACCAGGGUGAAAUUUUAAUUUAAAACUUAAAAGAGACUUUUCUAACUUC